GUAUCAUUCCGUUCGGAAGCAGCUGGAGCUGGCCGGCCUCCAUGAUGAGACGGGCUUAGAGUUCCUUUCCUGGUUGGGCCUGUUGCAAGACAUGCCCUUGCCGCAAGCUGCGGCGGACUGCCCCCUGGAUGUGGUUGCUCAACUGCUGCAGCGGCCAGAAACGGCAUACCAGUCCGGCGAGCGGGACAUGGCUGCUUGA